AGUCAGGGAUCCAUUCAAGCCAUGUCUAAUUUGACUUAUCUAUCUCAAUGUGCCCCAUGAUUUAUAUGGUCCAGAUUGCUGUUGAUGUAUGACAACGGGCAGUGUAGAUGAAUCACCACCAUUUGAAAAUGGUUGUGAACAAUCACGGCAGCCUUGUCCGGGUCAUGGAGGCAACAUAUAAGUGUAAGAGAAGUUGCAUUUAAACAUAGAUUUGCAGCAUGGCACUUGCUUCUACCAACCUCCCCGGCUUCAUAGUCCAUAAUGCAAUACCGUCCAGUGAACAUUACUACCAUCAUCAGGGCCAUGGAAGCUUCUUGAUCGAGAACAACGUCAGCGAUGGGACCCAUCACCCGCAUCUCGACGGUUUGGGCUGGUCGGAUUUUCACGGUUACUUGGGUCAUUCUAAUUCAAUCAUGUCGGUGCAUUUAGGAUCAUCUGAAUCGAUGGAUGGGAGGCCGAAUAUGUCUGUGCAGGGAACAAAGAAGAGGAGAAGAAGGCCGAAGAUUUGUAAGGACAAGGAAGAAGCAGAGACACAAAGGAUGGCACACAUUUUCAUUGAGCGGAACCGCCGGAAACUGAUGAACGAGCACCUUGCCGUGUUGCGGUCCAUGAUGCCGGAUUAUUAUCUACAGAGGGGCGACCAAGCUUCCAUUGUUGGAGGUGCCAUCAAUUUUGUGAAGGAACUCGAGCAACUCCUCCAAUCACUCGAAGCUCAAAAACGAAUACUACAACGACAAAGAGGCCGGAAAGAAGUAUCACACAACAACAACAAUGACAGCGACAGCAACAACGAUUAUCAUCCUAAGCCUCCAUUUGAGGAAUUCUCUAAAUACCCUCAGUACUCACGGUCUCAACUCCCUGGUGAUCAACAAUUAGAGAAUGGAUCCGCUGUGGCCGAUAUAGAGGUCACGAUGAUCAACGCCUGUGCAAAUCUUAGAAUCCUUUCUAAGAGGAGGCCCAAACAGUUUACGAAGAUUAUCAUUGGAUUUCAAGCCCUCCAUCUUACCAUCCUUCACCUUAAUGUCACCACCGUAGAUCCGUUCAUCUUCUACUCAAUCAGUGCAAAGGUGGAGGAAGGGUGCCACCUGAAAUCGGUAGAUGACAUAGCGGGUGCAGUUCACCACAUGCUCACAAUAGUAGAAGAGGAAGACACUGUAUGCUGAGAAGAAGAGGUAUUGACAAGAAUGCCCACGGGACUUGCCAAGAACUAUCAAAUUGCCCCCGAGACUAUGAGGCUUUGGACAGGGAUUCUACCUUUGAUUUUUGCUAACUUUGUACAGCUCUAUAUUGCUUACUAAGUUUUAACGGAUUUUUGUUGGAUAGUCGUGAAAUGCUUGAAGAGGACUUACAUGA